UGUCUAGACAGCGACUUAAAAAAAUAAGGGAAAGCCCUUCUCGUGCGCUCUGUCACCGGGCUCAUUCAGCCUCGCUCUCCAUGGCUGCGGCGUUGACAGCGCGCGGAGGGAAUCCCUGGGUGCUGCUCGUGCCCUGAUCUCCUCGCGUCCCCCGGUGCGACGCGCUCCGCUCCCGUUUUUUGGACGCUACAUGUGCCGCUUCUGCAAAAAACACAGCGCGGCGUAGGCAAGCGAGGGCAAAACCCCGCCGGAGAAGACUGGGAAAACAGCUCGCCAACUACAGCCCGCUGCGGCUUUCUUCUAAACAACAUAUACAAUUUACCAAAAAGAGAGAGAAAGAAAUAAAAAACAAACACAUUUUCAUGGAUGAGGUGUGUUUUUCUUUCUGGUUAGCGAACUCGCUGACCAUUUUGUUUGCUUUCGCUAGCUAGCUAACGUUAGCUGUUUUUUUUUUUCUCAAAGCACCUGACCUCAGCCUGGUAUAAGUAUUUUUUUGGAUAUAAAAACCCAGACGAGGAAUUGCAUUAGCUUGUGUUGUUGGAGGCAGCCAUAAAUGACUCUGAUAUGGCUUUAAGUGGAAUGCUUUUGCUACCUAUUCCUACCUUUGCUAACGGCGCCACUGUCAAGGAUAAACCGAUGGGAACAGGAACAGUAGUUAACUCGAGAUGGAAGGAAGAAUUGUCCCACUUGAGACGGCCGUGUGUGUCCUCUGGCAGUGGUAUUGUCAAUCAAGACCCCGCUUUGGCCACUUCCAAGGAGGAACCUGAGGAUCUGGACCUGCUAGACUACGACUUCAUCCUAUCCAACACCAUGCAGCAGCAUCAGGAGAGCCUGGGUGGUCCCUCCCAGAAUCCGGCCCCUUCUCCGGGCUCCUACACUUACCAGCUCCCCUCGCCUCAGGGGGCAUCCAGCAACGGCCCGUUCGGGAUCCCAGACAUCAGUGACGUGUCCCCCUCAGGUGGCUUUGUGGCAGAGCUCAUGCGACCGGACCUUGACCCUGCUUACCUGCAGCCCGCCAACCUGCAUGGGAAGUUCGUGGUGAAGACCACCAUGGACAUGGCUGAGUAUAGCCAAGGCACUGGCAGCGGCAAAGGUGGCAUCACCCAGGAGCCCUCCAUGACCUUCACCUGCUGUGGGAUCAAGCAGGAGAACCUUGGCUCCUGCACCAUUACCCGACCCAUGGACAUCCGCCCAUCUGGCCCCAGUAGUGCCCAGGGGCCCCAGCUUGAGCCUUGCAGCUUCUCCCCCGGACGAUCUUUGCCCCCAGAGAAUGUCCUAAACCGAGAGCUUCGGCCUUCCCCGCGGCCCCUGGGGCGUCCCCAAUUGUCCGCUCCCCCCAGCUAUCCAGCCCAGUCUGGCUAUCCUACUUUCCAGCAGCCUCCCACUAUGCAGUACCAAGAACUGGCGUCCCCUGGAGGCGGUCUGCCGGACGACACCAAACCAAAACGAGGGCGACGCUCCUGGCCUAGGAAACGGAUAGCCACUCACACGUGCGACUACGCCGGCUGCGGCAAGACUUACACCAAGAGCUCCCAUCUGAAGGCCCACCACAGGACGCACACAGGUGAGAAGCCGUACCACUGCGACUGGGACGGCUGCGGGUGGAGAUUCGCCCGCUCCGACGAGCUGACGCGGCACUACAGGAAGCACACCGGCCACCGCCCUUUCCAGUGUCAGAGGUGCGACCGGGCCUUUUCACGAUCAGACCACCUGGCUCUCCACAUGAAACGGCACCUUUGAGGCGGGACGACGUGUUGCCGUUGGGAAGGGGGGGGGGGGGGGGGGGGGGG